CCUGGUUGCCACACACGUGCGUGAGGACCGGCGGGGUGUGCGACAUCGACACCACUCGCUCUUGAUCACGAGAGGACCCGGCAGCUUUGAUGGCUACCUCUUCGCCUGACAAAAUCAGGAAGGAUAGCUCGGAUGGUAGCAAUAGCUCUGAUAAUAGCGACGACAGUUCGUCCAGCGGGGACAGCUCGUCGUCGUCGUCGUCGGAUUCGGAUUCGGACAACGACACGGCCAAAGAAGACAACUCGAACAACCAGUCCCUUCCACUGACCAACGAAGAGAAAGAGAGUCCAUGCAAGCCAUUCGACCCGAAUCCGACUCGCGCCGCGGCUCGGCUGAAGGAAUCCACCACAACCGGCCUCAUGGCACUCAACACGCAAAAGCGAGACCGACGCACCAUCGAGCAAAUUCAGUCUGACCUUCGCAUCAAGAGAGGCGCGGCUGCUGCAAAUAAUGCGAGCGCCAAUCGAGUUGUGCCGAGACGACCCACGCCGUCCACCGUGUCGCCUGCGCAUCCUCCCUUGGCUGAGUCAUCUGCAAUUCCAUCCCUCGACAUGUCAGUCAAGCCAAAGGGCAACACCAAGACGGUAAAAGGUCGAUUGGAGUCAAAGUUGGCAGGUCGUGGGACCGGUUCCCGUGCAAAAACUAUUGCGAAGACCACAGCGUCGACUAAGUCGCAGCCGACGACAUCCGUGGUCACAAACAUCAGCCGCUCAGCGAUUGCGUCCAUGUCCAGUAGCCAGACGACGCCCCCCGAGACGUCGCCGACCCAGACAGAUCUCAUCGAAGAUCCACGAUCGAAUUCGAAAGUUGUUCGCACGAUCGUCAAAGCACUGCAGCGGUAUGGCGACCUCAUGGACGGCAACUUGUACCGCGAGCACCAGUCCACGUUCUGCGACGAGUACAAGCAACCCAGUUUCUUGGUGCGUGCGAAGCUGUCGUUUCACUUGAAGGUGACGGAAGAUACGCUGGCUUCGAUUGCCAAGGAAAUCAUUGUCCAAUGCGACACAGCGAUGGCACAAAAGGUGGAGAACGUCAAGUUCGCGGACGUCGAUAUCAAGCCGAACCAGUUUAUCGACCGUCUGUACGAGAACCUCAAGCUCCGCGUCGCGGUGCAGCGGGCGAUGGCUGCUGCCAAAUUCAAGCCCGGAGUGGCGCCGCACGUGCUGGCAACGUCGCCGUCAGCAUCGACCUUGUCCGACUUUGGCAUCGACCAAAUGCCGAUUUGGAAGAGCGCUGAAGAUGAAAAUGGAUGGAACGUCGAGAAGGACCGCGCGUUGCUCGUUGGUGUUUAUAUUCAUGGGUUUAGUGCGUGGGAAGAAAUUCUGUCGGACAAUUUGCUGCCACUGGAAAAACAGCGAGCGCUGAAAGGCAGUCGACUGAAGACCCGCGCCGAAAAUUUGCUGAAAAAACUGCCUGCUCCAUCCAAUGUCAAGGUACUGAACGGUGGGGGGUCCACCAUGAUGGACCGUGCCGCCGAGCGCGCCAAGCGAAAAGCAGAAGAACCUCCGUCGGCAAGUCCCCCACCGCAGCCAAAUCCAGACUCGAUCCGACGAGAACAUGUCCAGAGCAGAUUCGGCGGCAAGCAACUGCAGCUGGUCACGCGGACUGCGACGGCCAGCGAAGACGAGGAAGGUGAAGUGCGCAGUGACAGCGACCCCAGCGACAACGACACCCAUCCCACUCCUGUCUCUGGCCAACGGUACGGUGGCAAGGACUUCCGCAUCCCAAAGCCCAAAAAGGACAGCGGGAAAAAGACGUCGAAGAAAGCGAAGGACGUGAAAACGGCCGUGCCCGCGCUGCUCUCGGCUGAGCAACUUGAGGCAAAGUGGGGGCCGAAGGACCGCUUGAAACACAUUCGAACGACGCUGAAGAAGGUGCGGCGCAUUGCCGCAUGGGCCCAAUGCCAGUCGGACGACAACGUCGUGUUAGAAAAGGUGGCCAAGUACAUUUGCGAAAUCGGCGCCGGCAUCGACCAAGUCGUGGUGGCAGAUGGCGGCGACGGCGUCCAGAGCGACGAGCUUGCGACCUGUCUGUGGACGCACGCCGCCACGUUUACGCCGUUCUCGGCCGUCCAAUUCGAACGGCUCUACGACGACAUGGCGUGCGAUGCUGCUGCCUUUCAAGCGUGACCGUCUGCUACAUACCACCCCUUAACGUAUUCUCACAUUCUCACGACUAUAAAAAUAAAUUAUCAUCUGCAACGCGAUGUCUGGGCAAUAUCGAGACGGAGUUUGUUUCAUUUGUCCUACCACUACUCUUGCCGGGAUCGUUUCAGCGCUGGACCGUCGCCUUCGGGGUCGGGGGUCGGUCGCCGUGCCGACGCAUGCUGCUGGCUUGGGAUGGAUGCCAUGGCGGUCUGGACACCAGGCACUGUCACAAAUGCUUGCACGACAAAGCGCGCAGUGGUGACGGCGACGCCCAAGUGAGUCAGGAGGUCUUCCAGGACACGUUCGAGUGCCGACGGGACCGAGAGGAGCGCAAGCAUGUCCGCCACCACUUGCCGAGUCAUGUGCCCGACAAAAGUACAGAAACUGUCGAGGAACGACGCUGCGUUGGCCGGUUCGACAUUCGUUCCCCGAAUAAAAAAAACCACGAGUUCGGCAGCAAAUGGCGACAUGGAUUGCACAAUCCGCGCCAUCAAAUUUGUCGACGGCGGCACCAUGGGAUGAUUGAAGCGAGGCAGCGAGUCCACGUAGUCUCGGAACGCAGACAUCAUCUGGUUGCUCCAGUCGCGGUUCGUACCUGGGGCCAUCGAAGGCAAGGCGUUUCCAUCAAUCAUUUGGACACCGACGUGCUGGACGAAACGAAGCAACGCGUCGCGGGAGCCGGCGAGCACACCAAACAGGUCCACGGCCGACAACGUUUGAACCACAUGCUGUCCAAACGAUUCAAAGUCCCACCGACGGCCAGUCGGCGGCUGGGACGGCAAAGCGCCUUGUUGCGUGGGGUAAAUCAAGAUAGGGAUCGUCGCUUCGAAUUCAAUACCGUUGCCAUCUCCCGACGUCGAUGGGGACGUCGUGACAUUGCCAAACUGACGCAUCUCGGCCAGCAGGGUACUGAAGGAGUCUGAGCGCCGAAGUUGUUGUUCCAGAAAGUCGCCGAGAUUGCCUUGGGCACUAGGCGGCGACGACGAGUGAGCUCCAGAGGACGACAGCGCAGUAGACGGCGGUGCCUCGGAUGGGGGUCGUGCCCAGUUCGUAGUUGUGGGACUUGAAUCCACCGAUGGACUGGCCGUCGAUGAGCUGUUGUGUCUCAAGAGCAGACGGCGACAUAUACGUGCAAGCAACACGGCGACCUCCCCCAUCGACUGCAGCCCCUCGAUCGUCCGAAAAAUGGGAUUCACCAACUCGAUUUGCGACGGUCGGUUGCCGUUGCGGUGGUGCAAUUCUUGCAACGCAACGGGAAGCCGGUCGAAGCGCGGUUGGAGCUGGGUCAUCAACGACACCAGCGUUUCAACUUGAGUUCGAAAGGCUUGAAUGCCUUCUUCGUAUGUUGGAUGAGUCACGUCAUGGAUGGUAGAAGGAAAUGCCGAGUCUAAUCGAUGGUAUGAGGAAUCACACACAACGUGGACGACCAACCUGGACGCGAAAGCAAACGGGUCAAGCUGGUGAGCAGCGCAUCCACCCGUGCGUUGCGCCCUUGGCGAGAAGAGUUACUUUGAACACGCUGGAGCACACGCUCCAUCGUGGAAUUUCGUACUGGUGGAUCCGACAGCAGCGAAUCCACUUGGACUGAACGAGGUGUUGCAAUUGAUGAUGACGGCGAUGCACCCUGCGGGCUGCUGAGGGUUGUAGACGCUGCUGCUGUCGUUUGGGCUGUCGGUUGGGCUCCUUCGUUGUUUGCGAGGCCCUGGACAGAGUUCAUGAUGGUCGAGAGGAUGGAUUGGAGAAGGGGAACGCUGUGAGCGCCUUCGGGAACUUCGAACGUCGCCAUUACUCGUGGGGCGCCAAUGUUGUUACUGACGUCUGGGUUUACCAAAGUUGGGUCGGGAUCGUCGUUUGACCGGGGUUCAUGACUUCGAGGGACGUUCGGCGUUGGGCUCGACGAAGGAUUAGCUGACACAGCCCAUGCAUUGCCUUGAUUUCCUUGAGGUGGUGGGGUGAUUGUAGAAGGUGUAUUGCUUGCAGCCAUAGGACUCGCGUCUGCUGGUCGAAUCACCAGGUGCAAGGUGUGCCCGUUCUCCAACGCGUAGUGCGCCAGGUUGUUUUCGUUCUUCAGUACCUUCCCGCGAAAGAUGAGCCGUUGCCGAUCCGUGACAACACCUGUUUCAUGCUCGAUCUUGGUCUUGAGCUGCGGCACCGACGACGACGCGAGUAGGUUGAUCUGAAACUGGCGUUGGUCGACUGUUUUCACAUUGAGGGCGAUCACGGACGAUGCAUUUCCCGCAGGAGCGACUUGCGUCACGUCAAUCGCCAUUUGCACAACUCCCGACGUUGCGGCAUCGGACGAGGUGGACGCUUCACGCAUCGAGGGGCUGCUUUGCACCGUGCUGUCUCCCGUGGUCGACUCCAUCGAGACCAGUGCCCACUCUCCUUUCUUUGUCGUUU